AUGAUUCUGCCAGCAAUACUCCUGUGUCUUGCAGCUGUGCUGCGCCCGUCUGCUGGAGAGGACCUCAGCUAUGUUCCUCUACCUUUACUCACAGCCUCAUCCUCUCAACAGAUGCCUGAAGCUUCCCUUGCUCUGUCAACCAACAGAACUGAUCAACAAAAGUUGAUUGUUGACAAACACAAUGCCCUCAGGAGAAGAGUCAGCCCACCUGCCAGUAACAUGUUGAGAAUGGAAUGGAGUCCUCAGGCUGCAGCAAAUGCUCAGAACUGGGCAAAUCGAUGUUCUUUAAGUCACAGCCCUCCAAACCAGAGGGAAAUUGGUGAACCAUGUGGCGAAAAUCUCUACAUGUCAACUGCCCCUUCCUCGUGGUCAGAUUCCAUUCAGGCUUGGUACAAUGAGGAGAAAGAUUUCAAAUAUGGAACUGGAGCAACAACAGCAAAUGCUGUGAUUGGCCAUUACACUCAGGUAGUUUGGUACAAUUCUUACAAAGUUGGAUGUGCAGUCGCCUAUUGUCCUGAAAGGACAUUCAAGUACUUUUAUGUGUGCCAUUACUGCCCUGCAGGGAAUAUAAUGGGUUCAAUUGAAACACCCUACAAAGAAGGACAACCCUGUGGUGACUGCCCUGAUUCUUGUGACAACGGAUUAUGCACCAAUCCUUGCAAGUUUCGUGAUGUUUACUACAACUGUCCAGAAAUGGCAAAGAGAUAUGGAUGUGACCACAACUUUAUCAAGGCAAACUGCCUUGCCUCCUGCAGAUGCCAAAAUGAAAUAAUAUGA